UUUGCGAAAAGACAGAAAACACACACCAUUGUAUUAGACAUCUCACAAGAUGAUUGGAGCUUAAACAAUUGUCUAUCUUCACUAUCGGUUAAUGAUGACAGAAUAAUUUUUACCGGUGAUUACAAGCCGGAUCUAAGAACGACAUCCAAAUUGAUGUAUUUUACAUAUAACACACCUAAUAUUGUUGUUUAUACAAGAAGCCUCUCAAACAUUAUAUUUACAAAUCCUGUAGCUACGGUUUUAUUCCAGUCUCAUUGGUCUAUUGUUAAUAUAGUUGUAGUAAGUAACAGAACCUACGCAUGUGAAGAUAGUCACUUUAGCAAGGAAGUUAAUUCAAGCAUUUACAAAUUCCUAAACGAUUUCUGGAAUAAAUAUCAGAUGGUUUACGUGGUGAUCGAAUAUCCAGACGACUGUCCUGGUAAAUUCUCGACGUAUGAUGGGAACAAACAGCCGAGCCAUAAAGUUGGACAAUUUUAUAAGCGAACUUUCAAAACUGUAAACGCAAGUGAUGUGCAUGAAACUUUGAUGCAAAGUGCUAGAAAUCUAACUCAAGAUUAUCCACUGAGAGCUAACAUUUUCUUUCGUUUUCCAACAUCAGUCACUGAUUGCGAUAGUUGGAGUUCAUUCAUUAAGUAUAACAGUGAUCUGACGAACGGUUACUGUGGCCUAGAUGCUAUAAUAAUGCAUGAUAUUAUGCAAAUACUUAAAUUCAAUGUUACCUUCGAAAUGAAAAAUAUAACAAGCUACGGAUACGUACAGCAUGGACAUGUGACAGGGACUUUAGGUCUAAUUGUAGAAGGGAAAAUCGACGUAUCUUUUAAUUCAAGGUUCAUGGUUAUGUAUUCAGCGAACUUGAGGUUUAAUUUUUUAUAUCACAUAUGGUCGGAUUCGUUAUGUGCUAUGAUGAAAGAGCCAGAUGAGAUACCUCUGUGGCACUACCCUUUCAACAUUUACAGAACUACCACAUGGGUGAUCCUAAUAUCAUGCCUGACGUUGAUAGGGUCGAUGAUGUAUGUUACAAGUAGAUUGAUUGGAGCAAUGAGAUUGAAGUUUUAUAUUUAUAUCAUCAAUGCCGUGUGGUCCAGCUUAUUCGGGUUCUUCUUCGAUAGAAGAAUAAAACGGUCUCUAUUAGCAGCCAUAUGUCUUCUAUCCUCAGUGGUUCUCACUGCCAAAUAUCAAGGCCACGUGAACUAUAUGUUCACCACACUAGCGCGAUACGACAAAAUCCAAUCGCUUCAACAAAUGUGCGACCGAGGCAUUCAGAUCUACGCUUACCCGUCCAUUGCCGCACUACUAGAACACGAAACCCUAAACAUGUCUAAGACCGCUAAAACAACUCUGGUAGAAAAUUUGAAAUAUUAUGAGACUAACGAAACCGCUACAGAAAGAAAUCUCCCAGAGGCGUAUGCCCUGAAGCGUUCUGACACAGCGACGGUGGUCCGCUCCGAUGCGUUACUGUGGACGUUGUUCAACUUGACUGAUGAGGACGGCAGGCCCCUGCUGUACGCACCGAAGGAGUGUUUUGAGCACUACUACUUGUCCUUCAUCGUCAGGCCUGGGUUCCUGUUCACUAGCCAUAUACAAGUGCUGAUAAUGAAGAUCGUGGAAGCUGGUCUCCCUUCCAUGUAUAACAAAUGGGCCAGAUAUACGCACAAAGUCGUUGACCCUGGGAUGGAAAAGAAUACUGAAGCGCGUAAAAUCACUAUAAUCACCAUUUAUGAACAAAGAGUAGCAUUUUAUGUGUUACUGGUGGGAUACGUGUUGUCCGUAAUCGUUUUUGUUAUAGAAUUUUGGUUGGAUACGCGGGCAAAACGCGCAAUGAAUGAUCUUUUGGUACAGACGUACAUAAAUUAAAGCUUAAGAGACCUUUAAGCCUUAUGGAGAUUUUUUGGUAGAUUUAUAUUGGCACUAUGUUAGUUUAGCGAAGAGUUUCUAGAUAAGGUUUUAAACUAUGAGUGGGAUCUAAUCGAAGCAGGCAAUUUGUAAAUAACAAAAAAAGACACAACCGAUUAUUCG